GAGGCUGAGGGCGCUGGGUUCCGGGAGCCGCGAGCCGCGGGGCCCCACGGCCGCGGGCGCCUCAGCAAUGUUUUACUCAGGGCUCCUCACGGAGGGCGGCCGCAAGGAAACCGAAAUGCGGGAGGCGGCGUCGCUUCGGCAGCAGCGCCGGAUGAAACAGGCCGUGCAGUUCAUCCACAAGGACUCCGCUGACCUACUGCCCCUGGAUGGCCUCAAGAAGCUGGGCUCGUCCAAGGACACGCAACCUCAUAACAUUCUGCAGAGGCGACUCAUGGAAACCAACCUGUCUAAGUUCCGAAGCAGUCGUGUACCUUGGGCCUCCAAGACCAACAAAUUAAAUCAAGCUAAGUCUGAGGGGCUAAAGAAGUCUGAGGAUGAUGAUAUGAUUUUGGUUUCUUGUCAGUGUGCUGGAAAGGAUGUGAAAGCCUUGGUUGACACAGGCUGUCAAUACAAUAUCAUCUCCUCAGCCUGUGUAGACAGAUUGGGACUCAAGGAGUAUGUCAGAUCUCACAAGCAUGAAGGAGAAAAGUUUUCUCUACCCCGACAUCUCAAAGUGGUGGGCCAGAUAGAGCACCUAGUGAUCACAAUGGGCUCCCUGCGCCUGGACUGCCCAGCAGCUGUGGUUGAGGACAAUGAGAAAAACUUGUCUCUUGGUCUCCAAACUCUCCGAUCCCUGAAGUGUAUCAUAAAUUUGGAUAAGCACCGGCUGAUCAUGGGGAAGACAGACAGGGAAGAAAUUCCUUUUGUGGAGACAGUUUCUUUGAAUGAAGACAACACUUCAGAAGCAUAACUACAGUCUAUAGCAUAUCUGCACGCGUGCACACACACCAGGUUGACAGAUUGAGAAAACUGGGUUUGAACCAAAUGCUGUAGCAACUUGCUGUGGACCAAGUCCUUCCCUCCAAUAGAUGCUCCAGGGACUCCUUCCCACUCACACCUUUAUAGACUACUGUCUGUGCUUAGAGAUCUUGUCUGGUUACAGCCAUUGUUUUCUACUUCUUUGAUCACUUAAUUUAUAGACCCUUUUUGACACUGCCAGGUCUCCCUUGUGGCCUAUUUCUCUGCUUCUUCCAAGAAAUUAAUUAGUUAAGUGUAGGGGCUGCCAGGUUGUAUUUCUUCAUAGAUACACUUGCUUUUCCUAUAGCUAAAUGUGUAACAAACAGGAACCUGACUUUUAUCUCCUUUCAGAGAUAUAGGAAACCUAUGUAUUGGAAUUAGAAUCCCUUCUAAUUAAUUGAUUUAUCAAGUAUGAAUUGAUCGUAAAGAGCCCAGAUAAGUAAUCUCGUCCAAACCUUUAUUUAAAGGUCCAGAGAGGCCAGUGAAUUAUCUAAACUUAUAUUUAAAGUCAGUGACAGAAGGGACCUAAAAUUCAAACCUGAUUUCUAAGCUAAAGCUCCUGUGCUGACUCAUUUGUUUUCAAGCCUUAACGGAAAGCAAAGAGGUAUGUGUAAAAAACCAAAAAGGCAGGGUAGGGAAAUUUGUGCUUGGAGAUGUAUUCCAGGAGGAACUGGGUCACCUUCUUUGCUAGGUGCCAAGCCCACUUUUAGUUCCCUCCCCUAAAUUGUUACAUGUAGGCCCUUAUCUCAGUGCCUAAAGACUGAAGGUACAAAAUGAAAUAGUCUUUCACUGAAAACUUCUUGAACAGGAGGAAGGGGAAGAAACCACAGAUGGAGGAAUAUUAAUCCCUCUCUGAGAUAUAAUUGAAGGCUUCAGUGAAUAAUAGGGGCAUCACUAAGACAUUGAGUGUCCCCAAGAUCCAGUCAAUAUUUUUGCCUAGCUUGACAAAGUAGUUGGAAAUAGGGGUAAGGAAAGGAAAUUUAAAAAAUUCUGAGCAGGGCCAGAAUAGAAGGGAGCAGACUAAGUAGAAUCAAUUGGUAGGGAGGCCUACUGGGGGAAACCUUUCUAGGAUGGUGGUAAGGAGUAAAACUGACAGGCAGGGAAUCGAAGCUUGGGGAAGUCCCCAGCUCUGUCUUCUUACAAACAAAGAAGCAGAGCACUGGGUGGUGUUAAGAACAACCCUUUUAUAACUGCUCAGUAUUCCCAGACCCCUAUCAAAGAGUUGGGGAUAUCAUGAAGGUAGGGGUUAGAACUUUUUUGUUAGGGUGUCAGCUUAGGCAUAAACAUACCUACAAUGGAAUCCCCCCUUCAGUUCAGUCAUAUAAGUGGUGUUUGGACAAGUAGGAAAAAUAGCCAGCUGUAAGUAUCACUUUAAGAUAUUCCCAAGUCUACCCUUGGUUCACAGCAGUAGUUCACGUGGUGUUUAAUGGAUCCCACUUUGAACCUUGCCAACUACCACCAACUAUUUUGUCUAGUGUUUAGUUCCUGCCACUAUCAAACAAUUUUUUGGAACUUGAAUAUUUUUGCCCUCACAGAAGCUCCCUAAAGAUUAGGAACUUGGUGACCCCCAUUUGAACAAUUAGGCAGUCAUUGGUCAUUGUCACUGGGUCAUUCCCUAGGCCUCUUUCCUAUCAGCCUCUACAAAGGAAGCUGGAUGGACAUCUCUGCAUAGCCAUAGUGGAGCAGACUAGGCUACAUCUGAAGUUCAGUAUUUGAACCAAGGAUUGCCAACUUCAGUCUGUCCUUCAGCUACACCCAUUCCCUUACCUAGGAGAUAUUUGCUCCUUCCCACACUCCUCUCCUACCUAUCAUGUGAUGCUUUGUCCUGUGUCUUAUCCUAGGAUAGAGCUGAAAUAUUUAAUUCCUUGUUUUCCUACAUUAAAGUUUAACUCCAAGCCUUGACUUGUGGCCACAUGUGAGGCAUAUUUCAGGCUCUUUCUGGUUUAUCAUUAUUGAAUUCCCUUUAGACCAAGUAAGCCAGGAAUUCUCAGAUUCUGCAAAGAUGCAAGUGAUUCUGGUUCUUAGUUUAGGACCAUAUAGCAUUAGGGGGAUAAUUACAUGGGUUUAAUGAUCCUCUGGUCUCUGAAAAUCAGUAAGCAAUUUUCUUGAUGGAGACACCUAAAAAUGCCUAAAGGCAAUUAGGGUAAGUCUUAAAAUUCAUUAACUUUCUUUAAAUGCUCCAAGUGGAUUACUCUGAUAGCUUUUAUCCCCCUGAGGUUCAUAAGGGAGCACUGUCUACUUUGGAGGGGGCUAUCAAGAUAAGAAGGUGAGGUCAGUUCUUCCCAGAGUCUUAGAAAAUUCAGGUGCCUCUGAGGGAGUGGGAGAGGAAUGUCUACCUACAUCAUAGUUCUGAUAGGCAGGAGCAAGAAGUACCAUCUCAUUCCUUAUUAGAUGUCCACCACAAAUAUAGGAUGUUUAAGAAUAUUUUUGUCAUUUGAUAUUUCUAUGCCUGACUCUUUUAAGGAAUGAAUAUUUUCUGACUUUUCUAUUGCUUUGUCCUGCACAGACCCCACCUGGUAUGAUUUUUUAUUCCUUAGCUCAGAGUGGAUUACCUGGUAUGUUGGCUGCCCUCACUCUCGUAUAAUAGAAAUCUUUCUAGGCUGGGCACACGGAGAUGAACUGGAUUCCUCCCUCCUGAUGCCAGGCCUCUCUGCAUUGGCACUUUAUCUGCUCAGUGUUUCUGGCUGUGUUGGGUUUAUUUGUGAGACUGUUGAAACAAUAAAGUGAAAUCUUCCCUCUU